AUGAACUGGCGCGCCGAGCUGCUGAGCCUCAUCCUGAAGCGCCACGGGGCGCUCGAGUGCAUGAUGUUGCCGCUGGUGCUGCCGCUGCUGUCGCACGAUGUUCACACGAAGCCCCUCUACCCGCAGCUGCUUGUGAUGACGACCACGAGUGGGGAACCUGCUGGGACUACGAGCGCAAGGAAUGGCACGGAUUGGCUGGCGCUACCCAUCCCGCACAACCCGAAGAAGCUCUGCAUGAUGCUGCACGCGAUAUUCUGCCGCCUGGAGUGGCUGCCGCUGCUCAUGAGGCCCCUGAGGCCACCCGCAAAUGUAGCAUUGAGCUUUCCGUCUGGCUCACCCCACCCCUCUCCGUCCUGUCUUCACUGCCACCCAUCCCUGCUUUUCCCGCUUUCCAACAUGAUCAUCACAAUUUAUUCCGCUCCUAAUGCAUGGCCACAUGCUCCCCGCAGCAUGCACGUGGCCAGGGCGAAGAGCGCCGCCAAAUGCACUGCUCUGGGAGUAGGCUGA